GUUUAGCGUCGGCGUCGUCGGCAUUUAAGUUUAAAGCGGGGAGCCAAAGAGAACGAAACGACCGCGAGGCGCAACGGAAUACAAAAGGCGUCAAAGAACCAACAAAAACAAUAACAGAAACCGAAAACCGAAAAACAAAAAAACCGAAAUAAAAAAAAUUAAUAGCAAACUAAAUAAAUAAGCAAAGCUCGGGAUAUCGUAUAACGGCAACGGGGCCAAGAUAAAAAUACGCACUACAGAAAAUAUAAAUAUUAAUGCAAAGUGCAACGCACGGUGCAAUGCGCGGUGGACACCACUGGACGAAAGGUGUGUGUGUGGAGUGAUGUGAUGUCAUAGCAGAACUGUUGCGCUUAUCAACAAACAGAAUACAGAAAAGAAAAAAAAGAAAAAAUAGUGCAAAAACGAUAUCAGCGAGGUAAAAGUUAAUAAAUCGAAUUGCAAUUGCGAUAGCAAAAUAGCAAAAAGCUGAGUGGUGACAGCCGGAGCACGUCGUACCAUGACGGACUACACGGAAUACCUGGAAGCGGCGUGGGAGUGGGCCGAGUGGCUGCCUUACCUGCUGGUGACCUACGUGCUGGUCACCCUCGUUCCCAAGUCUCUGGUGCGGAUGAAGCGCUUCGCCGACGCGGACUAUGAGGCGAACAGGAACAAGUUCCAUCGCUGCUAUGGCCCGGAGUUGUGUUGCCACGUUUUGGCCCAGGAGCAGGCCUCCGGGAAGGUCAAACCUAAGGCCAGGAAGCCAGUGACCCGCGUCUACCCCAAACGCCAGCAGGUCCCACCCAAGGAGGAGCUGCCACCGCCUUCGCCGGCGCCUGUAAAGCGCAGCAAUGUGACCAAGAUCGCCAGAAUGUUCGAGACGGGCGCCACGCGACAGGUGAACCGUGUGGCACCCGUCACGCUACCGGAGAUCCGUAUGUUUGGGGCCAGCGAUGAGUCCAGGGACUCCACACCCUGCGCCUCGCGAAAGACUUCGAUUGCCAGCCAGCUUUCCGCUCAGUUGCAGCACAUUGAGCACGCUAUGCACCUAUGGCAAGAACUGGAGGAGGAGCCAACGAAGAAGGCUCCAACUCACAACGACUGGGAGCCCAUGGCAGUGCCUGCUCCGAGGAGGACUCGGGGCACUUCAGCCACACCCUCAACAGCUUCACCCCUCUCCAGUUCCCCCGAACUCGAGGCAUCGCCAGUACUCCGAAGGAAGCCGCCCUCGCUCUGCCUGCAGACCAGCAUGGAGGACAUCUUUCAAGUGAUUGCCAGGAGUGCCGAGGAACCAGAGGACCGUCCGGAUUGCCAUUGCCUCUCGCCGGUGACCUGCAUCGAUGAUAUACUCUCCGAGCGAAGGUUCUCGCGUCCCCUUUCCGCCUACUCCAUCACCGAUCUCCUCAACGAAGAGCAGGCCGCCUGUGUGGAGGAGGCCACUUACAUAAAUGAAACCAGAUGAGGGAUUCUCAGGAGAAGGUUAUAUCAAAGUGCCAUUCCCCUUUUGGUCUGGUGUGGAGUUGCAAAAAUAUCGAGGGAUUUUAAAUUUCAAAAAUCGAAAUACCUUUGAAAAAAAAGGAAAGAAAGAUCUUUUUUUUUCGUCAAGCUUUUUCAAUCGAUUUUAGUAAAUACGAUAACAGAUAGUACCGAUUACACAUCGAUCUUUAUGCAGCUCUAGCCUGAAUGAAAUCAGAGUCAUGUCACCCGGAAGACUUCUCCUAAUCACCGCCUUUGUGUUAAGAUGAACAAAGCUGGUCCGGUGACUCACUCUCAUCGGGAGACCUUGCCAUGCCCCCAGUUUCCCAGACCCAUUUCCCAUGAUGCAUUUUGUUUGCUUAAUCGAUGGAAACUUAAGCAAAUCAAAAUAAAAGCUUCCCAAACUUAAGUCGCAAUUAGCUAACAAUGCCUGUACUUAGUAAAACCCAUUAUUUGUAUAAAUAUCCGUACUGUCCAGAGCCCAUAAUGUUUGUAAUUGCAAAGCAUCUCAUAAGCGAGUAGAGAACUGUACUGCUAAACUAAUUACAAUUAAACACUAUGAAUUUGUAUUGUAGUAUUAUCGUUAAAUAUUAUAUGUUAUGAAUAUUAAAACUGUAUCAAAUGCAAGCCCAAUAUUAAACCUAAUUAAAUGUACGUAAUAAAAACACAUUUAUUUUCGUGUGCACAGCUGCUAGAAGCACUCGAAAAAGUGUA